UUGGCUUCUGAAAAUGGUGAACCCAAGAUGCUUCUUGGACGUGAACAUUGGCGGAGAGUUAGAGGGUAGAAUCGUUGUGGAGCUCUUCAACGACGUCGUUCCCAAAACCGCUGAGAAUUUCAGGGCUCUCUGCACCGGCGAAAAAGGCAUCGGUCCCAACACUGGCGUUCCCCUCCAUUACAAGGGAGUGUGUUUUCAUCGCGUGGUAAAAGGGUUCAUGAUCCAAGGAGGGGAUAUCUCUGCGGGGAAUGGGACCGGAGGAGAAUCCAUUUACGGCUUGAAGUUUGAGGAUGAGAAUUUGGAGAUGAAGCAUGAGAGGAAAGGGAUGCUUUCGAUGGCGAAUGCGGGUCCCAACACCAACGGUUCUCAGUUUUUCAUCACCACUACUCGAACCCCUCAUUUGGAUGGGAAGCACGUGGUGUUUGGUAAGGUGAUCAAGGGAAUGGGUGUGGUUCGUUCCAUUGAGCAUGUUGCUACCGUCGAGGACGAUUUCCCAGCGCAAGAUGUUGUUGUCGUUGAUUGUGGGGAGAUACCCCAAGGGGAGGAUGAUGGAGUCAGUAACUUGUUUAAAGAUGGUGAUACUUUUCCUGAUUGGCCAGCUGACCUUGAUGUGAAACCAGAUGAAAUUUCUUGGUGGAUGAGUACUGUUGAUUCUAUCAAAAGUCUUGGAAAUGAACAGUAUCAGAAGCAAGAUUAUAAGAUGGCUCUCAGAAAGUAUCGCAAAGCCUUGCGCUAUUUGGAUAUAUGUUGGGAGAAGGAUGACAUUGACCAAGAGAAGAGCACUGCUUUAAGGAAGACAAAAUCUCAGAUCUUUACCAACAGUUCUGCUUGUAAAUUGAAAUUAGGGGAUCUAAAAGGAGCGCUACUGGAUUGUGACUUUGCAAUGCAUGAUGGAGAUAAUGCAAAAGCUCUGUUUCGCAAAGGCCAGGCAUUUAUGGCACUCAACGACCUAGAUGCUGCUGUUGAAAGCUUCAAGAAAGCAUUAGAGUUGGAGCCAAAUGAUGGAGGGAUAAAAAAAGAGUUUGCAGCUGCCAGGAAGAAGGUGGCUGAUAGACGUGAUCAAGAGAAAAAAGCUUAUUCUAAAAUGUUCAAAUAGAGUUCUUGCAGAUGGUGCAUGCGGCUGUAUGAUCUGAAAAAUAGGAUAUUUAGGGCAUGUCAGAUUACGGAGUCAAUUUCUGAUUUUUCUUUGCUGAUAGUCUAUGCUCUUCAAUUUAUGCUUUCUAGAUUGUAAAGUCAUGAUCGAGAUAUUCAUAUCAUCAUACAUUUUGCUUCUGUCGAACUCUUUGAGCAUCAACUAUUAACUGGUGUUUUUUUGAUAA